AUGCAAUGCUUCGCCAACCAAAAAUGGCAACACGUAGGUGCAGUAGAGGUUUUUGGCCCGGAGAGUGGUAUUUUUAUUUUUGAUUUUCAAUCAGUUGAAGCGUGCCGACAAAUCUUGGAUGAAGGUCCCUGGUCGUUGGGAGCUCGUCCUCUCAUUCUGCAUCCUUGGUCCCCUGAGAUUUCUUUAACAAAGAAGGUGGAAAAGUUUUUGCCACUAUGGAUACGUCUCUACGGCCUUAACCUUCACUUUUGGGGGAACCGUAGCUUGGGGAAGAUAGCUAGUGUUCUGGGCACACCUAUUUGCGUUGAUCGGCGGACUGCUCAGCGAGAGAGGUUGUCUUUUGCUCGUCUAUGCGUACUAAUGAAUGCCGAAGGUGGUCUUCCCUCUACUGUGCAUAUUGUUCUGGAUGAUGGAUCAACUAUUGAACAGCCAGUCGUCUACGACUGGGUUCCGCCGAUAUGUAGUACAUGUAAGACCUUUGGUCACAACGAUCAUCAGUGCAAGGUGGAAGGGUCUGAGAAAAAUGAUGAGAGGGGCGGUCCCCUUAAGGCAAAUGACCAGUGGCAGGAGCCUCAACGUCGUCAAAGUAGAGGGAGACGACCGGCGUCUCGUAAUAACGAGGCUUUUAAUGAUGCAGGGAGGUCAAGUUCAGACACCAAUGGAGGUUCCGAUGCACGUCAGCCAGCACAGGGUGGUAGACGCCGCAGAAUCUCAAACAAGAAAGUUUCCUGGGCUGAUGAGAACACCGCCACAAUUGGUGAUUUACCCAUCUAA